AAGCGGAGCCUCUGGCAAUCCAGAACGCCCGUCUCCUCUUGUUCGACAGGUCCAAACUUUAAUCGAACAUCAAAAAGCCUCUCUCCAUCAUUUCCCCCCACCGCCUUGUCCCGGGGUCCUGACCCAGCCGCCCGCCAUGAAUCGCAUCCGCGAGCGCUACCUGAUUCUCCUCUUCGCCCGCGCCGUCGAGCACACGCGCAACGCCCUCAUCGGUCUCGCGCUCGACUACCUAGCCUACCGCAUCGGGCGGCUCUGGGUCGUUGGCGCGGCGACGCUGGUUGUGCGCAACGGCCGUGCCGUGUUCUUGUUCUCCUGGGCGGUCGAGCGCUUGUGUCUCUACCUCCUGGCUGUUGUCGGCGGCGUCGACCAGCUCGACAGUUGUUUUGUGUUUAGCAUCGCGCUCUUUGUCGUUCAUGUCGCUCACCCGCUGGUUUUUACCAACGAGGUGAAUCUGCCGCUGGCGGAGGUGUGGCAUGAUUUUCGGCAGACGGGUGUGCCAACAUUGCCCGUUUUCGUAUACAUGGUUGGGAUGGUGCAUUACCCCCGGUGGACGGCCAGGACGACUUUGAAUAUGGUGUUCAAGAGAGUGCCGCAGUGGUUGUGGUGGCAUUGUACGCUUGAAGGGGCAUGGAACGUUUCUUUGUGUGUUUGUUGUGCGUUGGUAUUGUAUCAGACGGUAUUAGUCCCGCUGGUUAUGUUUCUGCGAGUUGUGGCGGAGCUGGCGUGGCGAUGGGUGGGAAGGGAGUAUUACCGUCUUUGCGUCUGGGCGCUGCAUCUGCUUACCAGAGGGAAACCUCCCGGAGGAUUUCACCGACAAAGGAGGCUUGGGCACAACAAGAUCCUGCGCCCUUUUGCCUACACAAGCCUCGGAGAUGACCAAAUGCGCGUCCUACAUCUCCUCCCUCGAGGAAACUCGGCCACGGUCCGCUGCGAGCUCGAGCAUGUAAGCUUGGACAAGAGGCUGAUAUAUGAGGCCAUGUCGUACACCUGGGGCCCUCAACAUCCAGAGGAAGUCUGGUUCUGCAAGACCGUCUAUAUCAACAACCACCCGCUGCGCGUCACGCAGCGCGUCUAUGACCUGCUGCUCAAUCGCUCGCCCGCCUUCUCCCCGCGUACCAUCUGGAUCGACGCAAUCUGCAUCAACCAGAAAGACGACCUCGAAAAGGGUCGGCAGGUGGCUCUCAUGCACCAGAUAUUUUCGCGCGCCAGUCGCGUGACGGUCUCUCUGGGCGAGGCACCCAACGCCCACCUGGCCAUCGAUCUGCUGUUUGAGCUGUCCCACCUCUUCAAAAACUACGACAUGACCGACGCCGAGCUGUGGGAGCGAUACACGCCUGAGCGGCGGAGCGCGCGCUGGCUCGCAUUGGGCGACAUGAUGGAACACCCCUAUUUUACACGCAUCUGGAUCGUGCAGGAGGUCGCGGCCAACGAGAAUGUGCACGUCGUCUAUGGAGGCCAGUUGAUUAACUGGGACACACUCAUGCGAGUACUGCCCCCGCUGCUCAUGGCAAACCGGCUCAGCAUGCUCGUCGAGGAUACGGCCGUGGUAGGCACGAAGCGGAUUGCACUGAUAAAUGGCUUCCACAUCAUCACGAUGGACAAGGUGCGCGAGGCCACGCAGAACGACGACCCGCCCAACCUGGCCGACAUGUUGGUUCCGUGCUGGACUCUGCAAGGGUCGGACCGACGCGACAAGAUCUUUGCGCUCUGGGCCCUUGCGUCCGACGGGGACAACGACCUGGUCAGACCCGAUUACACCAAGACGGACGCGCAGGUAUUCACAGAUGCUGCCGUGUAUAUGGGACUGCGCGGGACCGGACAAGACAUGCUACGAGUCCUGGGCUGCGCCGGGAUAGGAUGGCUGAGAGACGUCCCCGAUAUACCCUCGUGGGCCCCCGACUGGAGCACCGUCGGCCGGUCUAUGAUAGGGGCUUUCCCUCAACAGAGCACGAAUCAGUACCGUCCCUACGGCGACCUCGAGACCUCAGCGUUGCGAGUCAUCGCCGGCGACAGCAUGAUGCUAGAACUGGACGCCAUCAUUGUCGUCGAGCCCAUCAAGCACAUGACAAGGGAAUUCCAGCGGCCAAUGGCACAAACAAAGCACGGGUAUUUAACGGAUAUCAACCAGAUGGCGCGCCUCACGGAAAUCUGGGUGGCGGAGGCCCUUUGUCUAGUCGGUGACCACCUUGGACACGACGUCGCCAAGGUCAUUUACCCGCCGACGGGUCAAACGCUGGAGGAAGCGUUUUGGAGAACGCUUAUUGUCGACUUUGCAACCUACAGCGGGGACGCGUCAAUGGCUCCAACAAAGCAAAACAGACCCGCUCCGGCCGCAUACGGUGCCUAUUAUCGCGACUACCUGGCAUACCACAUCUCCAACCCAGAUGCAGCGGAGGUCAUGGCAAGCCCGACCCUCCUGGCUGUACUCAGCAGUUUGAUGGUUCGAAGACACCGCGACGCCGAGUACUUCGACCCCCAGGACGACAUGGACCGGCCGCGGAAGUCGGGGCUCUGGGCCACCGCGGUACAGUCUCACUGUCUGUCGCGGAAGCUGGCCAUCACAGGGGAAAACGGCUUGCUAGCGCUUGUGCCCCCAGGCUCAGAGGCGGGGGAUACCAUUGCCAUCGUACCCGGCGUGAUGACGCCCUUGAUUGUCCGCCCUGUUGGCCAAUGCACGGUGGAUAACGAUGAGGUGGCGAAGCUCGCCGUCUCGCUUGUGGGAGAGUGUUACGUCCAUGGCCUGAUGGACGGGGGGGAGUGGGUGAAACAGGAAGCCGUCAAAAGAAUUGUCAUGAUUUGAGCUUGUGCAUGAUCCUAGCCAGCACAAGACAGCUAACUAAUUAAAUCAAUAAAAGGGCAUUGUCCCUAGUAGGAUCAGCCUGAUCCUUCUAUGUGGAAGAAAUCCUUGUUGGUUGUUCUCGUGCUGCGUAGUUAAAGCCAGUAUUCUGAACAGAGACAAAGAUAGACCUACCAUUGACUUACAUAUUUUUGCUUACAAUAACUAUGUGAAGUUUGGACGCGUCUGAUACUCACUCGGUCCUACUUCAGUGAAUUAGCAACGAGGUUUCUCGUGUA